UGUUACUGUAAAGACUGGUUACUAGAUAAAAUUUAUGCACAUGAACUGAUAAGAUUGUCUUUAUAAUCCUUUGUGCUCAUUGUCGUGUCAGUAGAGCCUGUGUCAUAUGUCAAGUGGAAAAAGUUGCGUGCGAGCGCCUUCGUUAAAAGUUUCGUUUUGUAGCAGAGUAGAAUGCAAACCAGAUGUAAGCUUGGUUAAAUAAAUUUAGGGACUCCUGUUCCAUGGCUACCAUCCAAUCACACCGUUCAAUCAGCUACUCUAAAGGAGCACGUUCCACUAGACUGACCCUUUCUGCUGACCCUCUCCUGACCCUGUUGUCGCCGCUGCUGGAGGAGCAUCGUCAGAAGAAAUGGACCGCCCCUAAACGCUGGAAAACAAUAAAAGAACCUGAACUGAUUCAUUGGGGUCAUUUCAGACUGGACCGUUACUGACCAGCGGGCUACUUAUUUGUGUCCUUUUUUUUGUCUUUCGUUCAUCUGUGUGCUCUUAUGUUUGUCUGAAACCCUUAGUUUAGUCACUUGCGGCGUAUCGCACCCAGAUUAUUUUAUGUAAACUAUUUCAGAUUUCUAAUACUUAGGUCAGCCGUAAUUUGAAAAGAGAAUCCUAGAGUUUACUAACAUAUCUCUCCUUUCAAUCACGUAUCGUUUGUUUCAAAUAUUCCUAAUUACGUUAGAUAGAUCCUUUCGUCCAUUUUGUGAAUUCGUUGUACGCUUUCUGGCAGUCAAUUGGCUGACCACUUGGUCAAAUCGAACGACAAUGAUACGACCUUGUUUGACACUCGCGGCGGUCUGCAUCGUUUCUAUUGCAUCUUCGACUCUGGCCGGCCAUACUCAUCGGGACUCAGGGGACAAAAGUUGGAGUGAUUCAAUAAUUGGCAGAUACGCGUUUCAGAACUGGAACGACCCGUUUUUAGCGUAUGACAAUACACGACACGAUUCAAUUGGCGCAGGGCAAUGGAGGCCCACAUCGACGAUAGAACAGGACAAAAAAAGGCUUCCCGGUUGGAGUCGAAGAUUUGACGGGGGACGCGACAACUAUCAGGUAUCGCACGGUAGAGACCAUGGGUACGAUUCAGGACAUCAUUCAAUUAGUCAGGAUGGAUGGAAACCAUACAGGUUCGCGUACUCCAGCCAAAGUCACGACGGAAGUUCAGAUCGCGAGGAAAAGACCGACGGACGUGGUCGAGUGAUCGGGUGGUAUAAACUCACAACUGCAGAUGGCCGCAAGCGAAAGGUCACAUACGUUGCCGAUGAAAACGGAUUUCGCGCCAAAGUCGAAACAAACGAACAGGGAACAGCCAACGAAAAUCCUGCUAAUGUACAUCUGCGUUCGCAUGCCCCAAAGGUAAUAUACCCUGUACCAGCCCCCAAAAACCACAACAGUUGGGAUAAUAUUCAGGUCAACCAAGAUUGGUUCCCGUCGUCUGGUACGACCGAAUCGGCACAAGAAAGCUGGACCGGCAUCGCGCGAAGAUCAUCUAAAUUAGGUUACGAUCAACCACAGCAAGGCGAGGAAUGGAAUCAACAGAUGACCGUCGCGAAAAGUGAUGCUAGCUAUGGAGGAGUUAGGAUCAGGAAACAGCGGCACCAGGACAUCGCAGAUGACACUUCAAAAAGCCGAACGGGUUAUCAAGGAUGGAGCAUCAGCAGAAAUGGACCCAAUGGGGGGAGCUGGUCCGCACGUCACCCGUCCCUAGUGAAGAGCUCUGUUCAUUGGAAUUCCAACAGCAAUAAGCUAUCGUCAAAUGGAGCUUAUUCCGAUAGUUCCAGCUGGUUGCCUAAUAACGCCCCGAAUUCGAGUAGUGCCAGCGUUGAAUGGACUGAUGAUCAUGGAGCUGACAACUGGUAACGCAGACAUAUAACGUACACAUAUACGAUUAGCACCGUCGUCAUAAUAAAGCAAGCGCGAUUACAUAGUGGCACCAGGCAUCAUAUGAAUCUGAUGAUGAAGCCGGAGAUGUCACAUUUGAAGGCUCCGUUUUACCUUAAGUAUUUAGUCCUAUGUACUAUGUAGUCCCCGUGCAUCAUAAAAAGCCAUAUGUAUAUAUAUAUAUAUAUAUAUAUAUAUAUAUAUAUAUAUAUACACAUACAGACAUUCCAAGUUUGGAUAGGAAUACGUAGCCUUAUUCUCAGAGAUCCAGAUAUUUUGCGAAGACAUUGAAAAUAUGCAAUUUUGGCCGUUAACGUGACUGGACCAUAUUUAAGUGCUAUUUCAUGUAAAAGAACACCGCUUGCAUUUCAAUAAAUAUUUCUUUUCAUAAUUUCCUUCCCUAUUAAAGUUAGCAAUAUCAUUGCUUUUCAGACCUAACUUUGAGAAAAAUAUGGCCGCAAACUGAAAUGUUAUUCAGUCUGUGGCAGUAGUUAAAUAACCGUUACUUCUUCACUACAAACAUUAUCAUUUAAUCACUAAGACCGAUAAACACUGACAAGAUAAUUUUCCCCUACGUUUCCCAUCCUAUAAAGAUGGACUAAAAAUCAAACU